CAGUGAUGGGAAGAGGGAUCCCCGGCGGUGUGAGCGGACGUAUCAUACUAUGAGCACACACCAUGGCUCUGCAGUGACAGCUCUCCUCUACACAAAGCAAUGCUGUGAACACGAUCGCACCUUCCUCUCUGCAGCCGAUCUCCUCGCACCGAGAUGUUGCCCUGGAAAAAAAGCAAAUUCGACCUAAUCGAGGAGGACGGCAAGCAGACCAAGCAGAAGGGCUAUGCGGUGAGCCUGAACUACAGCGCCCUGACCUCCUUUGCCAAGUCGUGCCCGGAGGGGGCUCUGACCAGGGUGGGCAGCAUGUUCAAAUCCAAGAGGAAGAAGAUUAAAAUCACCGGGGAGGACCCGACCUACACCGUGCUGUACCUGGGCAAUGCCACCACUCUACAGUCCAAGGGAGAGGGCUGCACCGACCUGGCCGUGUGCAAGAUCUGGAGCAAGAGCGAGAUGGGCAAGCACGGCACCAAGAUGAAGCUGACGGUCAGCUCUCAGGGCAUCCGCAUGGUGCAUGUGGAGGACAAAGCCAAGCGGCCCGGGCACCUGUACCUGUUGCACAGGGUCACCUACUGCGUGGCCGAUCCCCGGCUGCCCAAGAUCUUUGCGUGGAUCUACCGGCACGAGAUGAAGCACAAGGCGGUGAUGCUGCGCUGUCACGCCGUGCUGGUGUCCAAACCGGAGAAGGCUAAGGCGAUGGCGCUGCUGCUGUACCAGACCUCAGCCAACGCCCUGGCCGAAUUUAAGAGACUGAAAAGGAGAGAGGAUGCCAGGCACCAGCAGCAGCAGCUGAUCGGAGAGCAGAACAUCCCUCUGGUCCCCCUGAGGAAGCUGCUGAACGGACAAUGCUGCUACAAGCCUCCUGUAGAGAGGAGCCGCAGCGCCCCAAAACUGGGCUCCAUCACUGAGGACCAGCUGGGAGAAGAAGAGGAAGAAAGAGCCAUGAGCUUCGAGUGUGAAGAUGUCCUGGAUACUGGAGGUGGGGGAGAUGGAGGGGCAGACGAAGACCAGGUCAAGCAAGAACUGUCUCAGCUCAUCAGUGACUUGGGGGAGCUGAGUCUGGGCAAUGACUUGCAGACCCUCAAGGCAGACCUAAGGGUGACCAGACUGCUGUCAGGUGAGAGCACAGGCAGUGAGUCCUCCAUAGAGAGCAACCAGGAGAAUGGACACUUCAGCAAUGGCUUUGAGGAGUGCAGGGUGCUUGAAACUGUAUGAGAAGGGGGGCAGCAUCCCUGGAACAUACUGAUGUAAUGAAAGCAUUAGAGAUUGACGGCAUCCUUUUCCUCCAGGGGCUUCAUGGCGUUCUAGAGACCAUGCACCUCCAGGACUGCCAGAGGCUUGCAGUUAUAACUCCUCUACAGAUGUCACCCCCCUUACAGAAUGAA